UUGUUUGGUAGGCGUGUAAAGUUAACAGUUUCUAGUUUCGAUUUCAAUAUAAACAAUAAUGGCGACUAAAGAAGGAAAUCUCAGCGAAAAUGCGUUUACGUGCUCAAUAUGUUUGGAAGAAUUUCGAAAGCCAAGAUCAUUGCCAUGUGGACAUUCUUUUUGUCACGAGUGCUUGUGCGAAUACUUAAAGAAGUUUGAGGGAAAAUCGGAGAUGCCCUGUCCAUUGUGCCGGAAUGCCACACAUACUGAAACGCCUAUAACGCUAGAUUCUAUCGUACAGUGGGUAGAGAAAUUCCCAUUAUUUGACGUGCUGCCAGGUAACAAGACGAGCAAAAGUGAGUUUUCUUUACCAACGAAACAGUCAUGCCAAGCAUGCGCAAUUGAACAAAAGUCUGUGGAAGCAAAUUUGUAUUGUUUGGACUGUUGCGAACAUUUAUGUAAUACCUGCGCAGAAACCCAUACAAAGUUCAAACUGAACCGAAACCAUAAAAUAUCUUUGUCAGAAAAAGCACCAUCGUCCAAGGUGGUAGAGUUGUUAUUGGAGAUUGGUAGAUGCCCGAAUCAUGAGAACGAAACAGCGGAAUAUAUUUGUAAAGACCAAAACCAACCAUGCUGCGGAAAGUGCGCGAUAACAUCGCAUCGUAAAUGCGAAGAAGUUCUUACAAUAUUUGACGUUGCUAAAGAAAAUAACACGCUCGCUGAUAGAAUUGCAAAUUACACUCAGAAACUUGAGGAAAAAAUGAUGUUGACAUUGGACCUAAGUCGCAGAGUAAAAGAAGAGCCUUCACGUAUUGAAUCUUGUUCUGAACGUAUUGAAAAGCAAUUGACUGAAAUUAAAGUGCAGUUAGAUGAAGCAUUUGAACGCCUCAGAAACAAAGUUAUCGGUGAGGUAAUGUCAAUCAAAUCAAAGCUUCUGGAUCAAGCAAAGGGAAAUUUACAGGACGUUUGUGUGAAACUGGAAGAUAUACGAAGCAAACAGGCCGAGCUUGAAGAUGUUCUAUCUCACGGGAACGAAGUGCAUAAAUAUUUGUACAUGCUCAAGCAGCCUACCGUUGGUGACGUUAAAUUGGGAUGGAGUACUCCAUACACAAAAAGAGUGUACAGAGGACUACAACCUAACAGACCUCGUAAAGGGAUAUAUAAUCUGUAUUACGUAGAAUUUGGAAUAACAUGUAAUGAGAACACUCCGUUAUCAGGUAUUAUCGAACAAUUAGAUAAACUUCUUUCUGUCAAACAAGACAGAAAGACACUUAAGAUUUAAAUUGAUAAACAUACACGCACUUUUUGGUCACCUGGUCUUUGCAAAUAGGCUACAACCUCUCGCUCAUAAUACGUGUUAUGUAAAGGCGUCAAAAUGAUGACAAUUUUAUAGUGUUUUCAUUUUGUCAGAUUGAAAUAAAAUUAAACAGCGCCAUUUUAGUCCAUUUAGUAUACGUCUUUGGAAUGAACAGCUUUAUAGAACAUACAAAUGCAUAUUCUUGAAUGUAUACUCUAAUUAAUACUAUGGUUACAAUAGGAUAUGUACACAUGAUAUGACUUAUUUGAUUGGCA